UCUUACAAGCAAGACCAGAAAAAUGGCUGCGUUUUGCAUUAUUAAAAGAAAACCAAAAUUUCAUCUCUCACAAAUAACAGUACCAUCAAUUUUCUUGAAGAUCUCUAGUGCCAAAGCCUCAUCCCAUUUAGGUUCUCAGGAAGGUUAACAUCCAAUUCUGAUUUUUCUCUCGGAUCCUUCUUUUGAUUUGCAGUGUCUAUCACAUUAAGGAAUGAAGAUCAAAUUGGUUCGCCGUAUCAAAAAGUUGCUUUCGUAUUCAGAAUGCAGCACUUCUACAAACCACCAAACCUGUUUGGACGUGCGUGAGGAAUAUGCCAACGCGUUUCGUACGGAAUCAUACACUGAGUUUUGGACACGUGUCCUUGCCUACUCCAAGAAUGAAUCAACUUCUUGUUUGUCAAGAGACUCCACCACUUCGGCGCGUCUCCCCUCUUACCGUUUGUUCGCAGAGCAUCUAUUGGACCCGGAUCAGCCCACGGUUACUCGGGCCUUAUCGGUGGCCCAAUGCAGGCCCAAGGUCCACUCUUUAUUGUCAGACUAUUUUGCACACACUGCUCAUGCUUCUCUUGUCUGUAGCCACCUACUACGAGACAUUGAUCGCCUGCGUCUCAAGUAUUCAUCACUCAAA